GUCAUGUCUCCUCACCGCUGUUGAUCAUUCUGCCGGGCCGCAGUGGCCGCGAGGCGGUGCUACGCCGCAUCCUAGCCACGCUCGACCGGCCGGUGGCCGUGCUGGUACCACGGAGGCUUCAGGAGGCCUCGACCUGGGCCAAGCCUUUGUGCUCGGCAUGGAUCGAGUGUGAGC